AUCUGUACAUACCAUGAUCAAGAUCGUCACUGUCAAUCGAUACGAUAUUCCGAUUAACUACUGUCUAUCACUUUGAUCGACUCCAAUGACCGACUGCCAAAUCCAUGCUUUUUUGACGUGCCGAUCUAAGCGCAACUCUCUGCCAACAGCAUCAUCCGAGUUUGAAGCAAAAAGGUAAAAAAAUGCAGGGGAAACGACUAACCAUGCAGACUGCAUUCUCCCCCUGCUCCCUCGUGUCAAGCUGAGAUUAUUCCUGCAAUUUGGAUUCUCGUGCCAUUUUUUCCGCACCGGCGAUAAAGUCUAUUGUUUGAUAGAUCUCAGGGGUGCUUCAAUUCUCGGAGGACAUUUAGGUUCAUCUGUCCGGAGCAGCCAACUGCAGCACUCGUCACUCAUUCACUCGUUAUUUUUCGCUAUGGAUUUUCUGCAAAAGUUGUUGGUUGAGUCUUGGAUUCUAUGGGUGUUGGGUCUGUUUGUCGUCGUGUGUCGACUGAUAUCACGACGCAUGAAACUUAGAAAAUGGAAUCGUCUCGCCAUUGAAGACUAUCUCAUGGUCUUUGCCCUCAUCAACUUCACAGGAGUCGUCGUCUCGAUCAACGAAGUCGCCAAGAAUGGCAGCAACUACAUGCCCCCCGACGUCGCCGCAAAACUCACCCCCGAGGGAAAAAAACAAGCCAUAAUCGGGAGCAAAAUGACCUUCGUCUUGGAAAUAUUCGCACUCACUUGUACAUGGACCAUCAAAGCGUGUCUGCUGUUUCUGUACGCGAGAUUGACGCAGGGAACAUCGAUAAGACAGAAAUGGGCGGUGCGAUUCGUCUCUGCGUUUUGCGCCGUGACGUAUGUCGUUGUUACCUUCAUGUUUGUGUUUUAUUGGUGUUCGCCUGUUCCCGAGUAUUGGGCUGUUCCUGUUAAUCCCAAGAAGAUGCAAUGUGCGACGUAUUACAACCAUAUGAUCUUUGCGACGGCUUGCAAUAUCGCCAGCGACAUCAUGUUGAUCUUAUUACCAAUUCCGAUCGUCAUCAACAUCAGUCUUCCCAAGAAGCGCAAGUUUGGAUUGUGCUGUGUUUUUGGCUUGGGCUUGUUCAAUAUCCUCGCCGCCGUCCUCAACCGCUACUACAACUUCAGCAACCCCAACUCCUACGUCUUUCUCUACUGGUACGUCGCAGAAGGCGGCGUCGCCCUCUGGGUCGGCAACCUCCCACUCUGCUGGCCCGUUCUGCGUCUGGCCAUCGGCUCCAAGGGCGAUUCCACCGACCCAUCCUACCCCAACACUCCAUACCGCAAUGGAUCUUACCCCGAAGGUUCAGCGCGACGAAGAACUCAAGGUCGUCAUCCGCUGUCAAGCAAACCUUCGAUCUGGGCGAAGCUGGAGGACGAGGAUGGCGUGCGCACUGACGUUUCGCCAGAGCAGGGAAGUCAGAUUGAGCUGGUGGACCAGCAUGGACCAGAUCUGCUGCAGCGGCCGUACCGUGCUGAAGCGAAGGUUAGUAGUGGGACACAGCAGCAUGAGAGGAAUCGUAGUGGACAGAUUACAGUUGUUACGAGCGUAGAGGUUAGCACGAAGAAGACAUAGACCAUUCCAUCAAUUAUGUAUUACUUAGACUAGCAUGAACUUAUUACAAUGACUUUAUUUCGUUAUGAA